AUGACAAAAAAGAUAAUCCCACAGCUGAAAACCUACAUAAGGACUUCAAAAAUCAGUGGGCAGAUCGAUUGUAAGGCAGGAAUAGCGUACACAAGCCCAAUUCGACAAAUUGAAACUGAACAAAAAGGGUAUUCGGAAGAUGGCAGCAUUGAUGAUGUUAUCAAAGCCAGAACUGGUUGCCGGUCUCUUCAGAAAGACAAUAUCGACUCAAUGAAGGAGGCAAUGAAAAAUUACCCUGUGAGUAAAAUUAAAUCUCUCAGGCUGGAGAUGAUCAAAUGGAAGGAAUUCUUGGGGCAUUCCCAAAUUAGUGCCAAUGUCUGUAAAAAAGAAUGGUAUGAAGAAGAGAAGUACCACAGAUCCUGCAGCUUCUGGAAGUGGGGGAGGUGCACGACGUACAGGAAAAAGAAAAAUGUGGAAUAUUUUUGUUGCUCUGGUUAUUCGUCGUAUUAUGACAAUCUGAGAGCAUGUAAAUAUGCAAUUUGCGAUAAUAAAUUAACUCCUACUGGUGCCUGCAACAUACGCUAUUCCAGUGAUAGAAUUAUCAAGAGAGGGGGAGUUGUGGUCACUCAGAGUGGAGGGACAUGCUCCUCCCCGGAAACGUGUACAAAUUGUAAUGAUGGGUUCUACUCCACAGGUCCAAAGUGUGAAAUUUGUCCACAAAUUGCGAAUUGCAACCACCGUAGAUGUACGAGUGCAAGUGACAACAUUUGCGAGUAUUGUGAUGGAGACAUAGUCUCUAAACAAUAUUGGAGGGCUUAUACAUCGGCUCCUAGUAACAAAAAACAGUGUCAAAAGGCCUGUUCCUGGAGAUCAGAUAGUACGAGGUGUUACCCGGGCACUUGUCGGGAUGAACUGGCCUCUCAGUGUCAGUGUACUAAAGGCUUUACAGGGACUCAUUGUGAUACAAUGACAGAAAAAGCUGAAAUUUUAUACAAUGAGUGUAAACUAAAAGACAGUGCUGGACGUGUUUUGAUGAACCCUUCGGAUCCGAAUGUCAGUCCACCACAACCUAUCGUAUGGACCAAUAACGUCAUCUGGCAUGAGGCGGAUACCAGAUGGGAUGCUAAAUAUACCCUGACUGAGACCCCUCCCCCACCUGACCCCACAGGACAGAACCACUAUGUGACAGACUUUAAAUAUGGCAUUGUACAGGCUAUUUCUCAUAUCCAGUUACUUAGAAAUCAAGGUGUUGUUGGGGAUAACUACUAUGUCUGUCCAGGGGUGUCAGAAAGAUCACCAGUAACUUCGGGAUUUACAUGUAGCAAAACCCUGAAAUUUACAUCAUUACCUACUCCAUUUCAACAUAAUGAUGAAGUGAAGUUCAGCAUUGAAGCCAAAUUGGGAGGUUAUGUGAAGAUAAUGAACCGAGAGGCAGGGAACAGGAUUGAGUAUCACGCUCUGAAACAAACCACCAAUAGACGUGAGUAUGUGUACAAGUGGGAUCUAGUCAGGCCCUAUCACUGUGUGGCUUCCUCCUCCUCAUGUCCCCAGUUCCUAACCGUGGUGGACCUCACAGAACAACCCAGCAUAACAAUGACAUGGGAUGGCUGGACUGAUGAUUUGUCUGGCUUGUUGAGGUAUGAAUAUGAAAUGUAUGAACUCGGCCAUGAUGGAUCUGAAUUAGGAGAAAACCAGGGAAAAGUAGUCAAGAGCCCAACUAGCAUAAGCCUCACUGAUCCAAGUGCUUCCGUUACAUUGCCAUACCCAGGAAUGUUCUCCAUACAUUUUUCAGCCUUUGAUAAAGCCGGGAAUCAUAAGACAUCCAGGAAGCUGGUUUUCUAUGACAACCAGUCCAUCAUUACCCAGAAAUCCAACAAGGUGACUCGUGUUGUCACGGCUUCAUCAGAGACAAAUUAUCUGUGGGUUGUACAAGACACAAAUACUAUAGUAGUCAGAUGGACAGAUCGCUUCUACAACGUUCGACACGAGGAUAAUCGCUGGCUCAACAAAGUCAAAUCUCACUUUGCAAUAGAGGAUAAAUAUGAUGAUCAUUAUGGAGAGAGACAGGUCAAGGCCAUCAACAAUGUCCAUGGAAUUGUGGAAUUUCAGGUAGCUUACCAGGUGUAUGACAGCAGUGGUCCACAGGAUUCUCAGGCCCUUACCUCAGUGUCCAAUAUUCAGAAUCAGGCACAGACCCUGACUGUAACCUGGGUGGAUGGCAAUAAGUUGACCGCUACAGUAAAGGCUAUAGAUUAUAUGUCCAAGACAAAAGAGGAGGAAGUGACUGUGUACAGAGAUGCCACGCCCCCUAUUAUAGAGGAUCUCUGGUUAACAAGAGGAGACAGGCUUAAUGUUAGUGUUCACAGAGUUGAAGAUUUCGCAGAAAUGAUUGUGGAAUGGGUAGCAUAUGACUAUCACAGUGGCUUAGAUAGGAUAUCAUGGCGACUAUUUGACAACUUCACAGGAACUGAGCUACUACAUGGUCAUGAAGAUAUUCCUGCUCAAGGACAGGCUGCUACUCUAGCUGACUGUCAGUCCAAGUAUGGUAGUUAUGCAAGGGGAGCUAACUGCUAUGUGACUCCCUUUUGGGGAGCCUACCACAAACACUUCCAAGUGAAGCCAGCUGUGAAGGCUCAGGGGGGUCUGAAGAAUGGCAUGCAGUCAGGUGUACAUGACUGGGAGUAUUAUCUAGAAGUCUCAGCAACAAACAAAGCAGAAUUAACCACAAUCUUGUCAAAAAAGAUAACUAUAGACACAUCACCACCCCACCCUGGUUCUGUACAGGAUGGGGUCCAGGGGACAGAGGAAGUGGACUACCAGCAGAGUAAGACCCUGACCGCCCACUGGGAGGGAUUCUUUGACAGGGAGAGUGGGGUGCUGUUCUAUCAGUAUGGAUUUAACACCAGUCCCAUCCCUGGCACAGCAUUUGCAUUAGACACCGGAAGCUCCAUGCUUCAUGAAACAUACUCACUGCAUGCCACCCAUACAGUCUCAACCGAGGGCACUUACUACAUAUGUGUGGUAGCUUAUAACCGGGCUUUAGAGCCAUCAGAGCCUGUCUGUUCUGAUGGGGUGACAGUGACCACUGCCGUCCCCAGGGUACAGGAAGUCAACAUAGAGGGAGCUACAGUCACAGGGGGAUUGGUGACCGAUGAAAGCAGGUCAAACUAUUGGAUUGUCACCAGUAACAGGUUUAGGAGGCUGAUUCAGAAUGUAACAGCAGAGUGCAUGACCAAAGCUACAGUUCUGAACUACACUGACAUUUUACCAGCUGAGCAUAAUUCUGAUGGUACCUUUGUGGGGGUGAAUGGCAGCAUAUUCUGUGCCAACGCCUCAGGUGCUCCAGCCUCACUCAACCCAGUCCUGUCUAAAUCAUCCAUGGUGUACAUGAGCUGGAAAGCUGUAGACAAUCCAGGUAGCGUCCAUGACUAUGAAGUGGGCUUCUCCUCCUCCAGUGGGAGUCCUGCCCCUGACAUUAUGGCCUUCAGAAGUACCAAACAACACCCCCACAUCAGCAUUCCUCACACUGAUAUACCAGAUGGGACAGAGUUUUAUCUUCUUAUCAAGACAAUCAGCAAGGCAAACGUGGAAGGGAUUCAGUCCAUUGGUCCUUGUUUUAUGGACACCACUCCUCCAGAUUUUUCAGGGUCAAUUUCUGUGACACAUUUCAAUGGAUCCCUCAUAGCUACCUGGAGUCCAGGAGCCUUCUCUGAUCCUCAAGAACCUUUUACACUUAAGUUUCAGUUUGCUAUUGGACAUACACCACGAGGAACAGAUGUUCAAUCCUUUAUCUCUCUGAGGAGUGGUGGAUCCUGUGUGGUGGGAAAUCCCCCGACCUGUACUGCUAUCAAGGUAUCAGAUACAGAAUGGGGAGUCCAUGGACAUCACACAUACUACUUCACAGUCAAGGCAGAGAACUCUGCAGGCCUGACCAGUUAUGGAGUGUCAAAUCCCUAUAUACAUGAUGUACAGCUAGCUGCUAAAGGGGUGGUCUUAGACAUUCCAUCUGAUUCAAAAUUAGAUCAGCUGCCUUUGACAGACAUUGAGGAUAUAGAUUUUACCACAAGUACUACCACUCUAUCAGCUCGAUGGGGAGGCUUCUCCCAUCCUCACUUGGAUGUGACCUAUUUAUUUAAGGCUGGCAGUGCCCCUGGGGCUAGUGAUAUUGUUUCCUCUAAGGAUGUAGGAAAGUCUCUGGCUCAUACAGAGACUGGCCUCAGUCUCCUACAGUUUCAGAAGUACUAUGUCACAAUAACUGCUGUAACCUCGGCAGGAAAUGUGGAAGUGACAUCAGAUGGAGUGAUCAUGGUUCAACAGGAUGCUGUAUUAUCAGGAAUAACUAUCAAUGAUGGGCAAAACUGUACCAUGACAGUUGACCACGGAACAGUCUUCAGACAUCAUUUUGAGGACAAUAGACUGAAGUGUGCUGAGGACAUGGAUUACCAGUCGUCUACUAACAGCCUGGAGGCUUACUGGGAGGUCCCUAACUCCAUAGCUCACUACACACCAGACGCUCACUUUUCUAUAGAGGAGAAAUCUCCCAUAGGAGCUGUCUGGUCAACAUUUAGAGAAUAUGAACAUAUACACAAGCACCAUAAGGCCCAGGUCACAGAUCUUAACCUGAAACCAGGGAUGACAUAUAGAUUUGCAGUUAAAUUAUGUGCCAUUACAACUUGCUAUGCCCCAAUGUUUAGUGAUGGUGUUCUGAUUUUGGCUAAUCCACCGAGCAAAGGGCAGAUUACUGUGGAACAUAGGAACACAACCCAAAGUUCUGGCUCAAAUGAAACGAUUUUUGUCACUAUGGAUGAAUUUUAUGAUCCAGAUAUCCAAGAUGCUACUGAUAAGUAUAGUGUAGUUGAUAAGUAUGAAUGGGCCAUAACUGACCAAUCAGAAGUAGGCAGAACACAUACAAUCUGGAAUGAGGUUAAAAAUGUACAGAAAAUUCAAAACAAGAUGCAGUUUGAGGUUGGACUACUUGGAGAGUUUGACUUUUCUAAAUGCCGUAGGUUCAGUGUCAGAGGUUACAACAAGGCCAAACUCUUCACCACAAUAUCAACAGACAUUAAGGACUGUAAAGCCUUCGACCCAAUCCUGAUCAAACCUAACCUUGUUCUGGAUGCAGUGGGAGAGUCAGAUUCCACCAGAGAUGGCUAUGGAAGUCCAGUAUUUAUCUUAGAAAAUGCCAUUUGGCCUUACCCAGACAAGGAUUACACACCUAACAUGAAUUACAUCUCCGCAGUCUGGCCACAGCUCCGUUAUACUUCAUACAAAGCUGCCGUGCUGAAUGCUAGAUCUAUGGAUGUCACAACCUAUUACCUUCCCAACACCAACCUCUCCCUGCCUGACCCCUGCAGCCACCCAGAUGCAAUUAAAUGUGACAGCACUAAGAAUGAAUUUAUCAACAUGAAGUUCAGCCCAGGAGAGCUUGUCCAUGGUCAGAGGUACAUGGUCUGUAUCCACACUGAAUAUACUGAAAUAAAGCACGAGUUGUGGACUCAGAUACUGCCCCAACUGGACAUUUGUAGUGAUGGAAUAGUGGUGGAUCUAACUCCUCCUUCUCCUGGAGAGGUGUGGAUAGGCAAUGUGAGAGGUAUAAAGUAUCAGACUUCUACAACAGAUAUGUACAUAAAUUGGGAAACUUUCCUGGAUGUUGAAGAAUUUCAAACCAAUUCACAUUCAUCAGGAAUUCAGGACUAUGUUCUAGGAAUUGGGACAUCUAUCGGAGGAAAUGACAUGGUGGCCUUUUUUUCUGUGGGUGUGGUCAAUCACAUGGCUCUUCACAAUCUCAACUUGCAGAGUGGACAUGUGUAUUAUGCAACAAUUAUAGCCACUGAUUUUGCGGGGAGAACUACAAAUAAGACAUCAGGGCCAGUUAUUGUUGACACAAGUCCACCACUAAAAUCUGACCAAUCUGUUACAAUUACGGGACGACAUAUUGUCUCAAAUGCAGAAUUAGAAGCAUGUUGGAAGGGUGUGUUUACAGACCCAGAGAGUGAGGUAGAUUACUACAUGUGGGGAAUUGGCUCUCAGCCAGGUUAUGAUGAUGUACUGACAUUGACAAGAGAAGAGACAGAGUGUGGACAAAAUAGUAAACUUAAUCCAUUGGACCUGAUUGAAGGACACGCCUACUAUAUCUCAGUCAAGGCUUUAAACAGAGCUGGUUUGAUGUCCCUUGCCACCUCUUGGGCCUAUGUAGUUGACACAUCUCCACCAAUAGCAGGACAUGUGUAUGAUGGUGUACCUGUUUCUGGUAACCAGUCAGAUAUUGACUUCCAGACAGACAUGUCUGCCUUAAAUGUAUAUUGGGAGGGAUUCCAUGAUCCCCAUUCUGCCAUUAAGGAGUACUUCAUCAGUGUAGGCAUCUGUCCUGGAUGUGACAAUAUCGUAGCAGUACAAACCCUAGGCUUGGUGUACUCAUUUAGAUUAGACCAAGUCCACUUUGGUGCAGGGUUAAAAUACUUCACUGCUGUAAUGGCUUGUAAUACAGCCGAUUUUUGCACCACUGUCUUCACUGAUGGUGUUAUUAUGGACAACAGUCCACCUAGUAUGGGAGUUGUAAUGGAUGGUACAGGCUCUCAUGACGUAGAAUACCAGUCAAUCAGGAAUUUUAUUGGUGCCAAAUGGUAUGGUUUUGUUGACCCUCAGUCAGGACUUGAUCGUUAUGUUUGGUGGGUGGGGAACUCCUCAGGAGGAAGUGAGAUCCUCCCCCCACAGGAAGUACACCUUUCUGAGGUAGUGACCGCAGUGAACCUGUCCCCAGAACUUCCUGUGGGACAGAGAAUUUAUAUCACAGUCAGGGCCUACAACAGAGCAGGAUUGUAUGUAGACUCUACAUCCAAUGGUUUCAUCAUUGACACAACAGCACCUGUAAUUACGGAGGGACCAAAGUUAUCUACAGACUUUGGGACUGCUGGAAUUGUACAGUUUUAUAGAUCAGUAAUGAAGGUAGAAUGGAAAGUGGAAGACAAAGAAUCCUCCAUAGAGAGACAGUAUCUGUCCGUCAAAUCUCACAUGGGAGGGGAAUUCAACCUGGCAUCCACAAAGGUCAAUGGAAUUGCAAGGGAUUUCAUACUGAGUGGUUUGAAGCUGAGUGAUGGGGUGACUUACUAUGUGACCCUCAUUUCCUGUAAUGGGGCUCAGAUUUGUUCCUCAGCGACUACUCCAGGGAUCCUGGUAGACAGUACCCCUCCAAAUAGAGGUAUGUUUGCUAUUGACACGGACCAUGCAGCAGAGCUCAAGAGACCAGUGUCUGGGUGGAUGACCUGGUCUCACUAUAUUGUUAAACUGGCCUGGCUGGGUUUUGCUGAUCUACAUUCAGAUGUCACCCAUUACUACAUCAAUGUUGGAUCUACAUAUCUUGGAGCUGAUUUAAAUAAAAAUCCAGGAGUUGCCAAGAGAGUGGACCAUUCCAAUACUGGGGAGGACCGCUAUGAUGAGGGCAAAGUUCAGACUUAUGAAAUGGAGACCAUUAAAUUGGGCCCACAAAUCCAGUUUCUAUAUAUCAGUUUAUGGGCAGUGAACAAGGUUGGUCUGUCCAGUGCUAUAAUUCACUCCAAGUUUGAGAAGAUCCCAGGGGGAUCGCUGUCAUUGGUCCGUCGCUGUGAGGCGGAGACUUGCGAGGGUCACUGUGUGUGCGCGCCCCAAGAUAAACGUUGCCCAAGUACAAACAUAUCCUGUAGUGAUAUUACAAAUGGAAACACAAAUAACCUGAUACAAGUCAAAGAUAUUCAGCAUGGUAGUGAAGAUAUCAAUUUUACCCCUUCUAAUGUGGUGCUUAAAGGACAAUGGACAAUUGUACACAGACAAGGGAACGCUCCAAUGUGGUAUCAGUGGAGUGUAGGAUACCAGAACAGGGCGGCUCCAGAAGGAGUGUUUGAUCAAUCAACAGAGAGAGUUUGGCACGAUGCUGGACAAAAUAUGGGAGUAAUAUUUACUACAAAAUCAGGUGUUUUUUUGACGAGUGAUGCUCGUUACUCCAUCUUUGUCCGUGUGUGGUAUGAUGACAAGAGCUAUGCGGUGUUUAAAUCUGACGGAGUUCAAAUUACCACUAUAAAACCCGCCACCACAACUAUCAGGGGAAGUGCAGUAAGGGAGAGAAUGCUCGGGAGUUGGAUGAAGGACCAGGAUUAUAUGAAGAGUGGUUUCCCUUUCAUGGUGGAGUGGACUAAUAAAUACCUGGAUGCGGAGAAUUCCAUUCAAUCCUUCCGCCUAUACCUAAGCACUUUUCCAGGAGGACAUGAUGUAUGGGACAGUGGGUUGAACAAUCCAGGGUCUACAACCUCCUUUGAUAUAAGAAGGGCUAAACUGACUCAGGGUGUGACAUACUAUAGUAACAUCAUUGCCUAUGGAUAUUCUGGCCUUCAUCACACAGAAACAUCAGAUGGAUUUAAAACAGACAAAUCUACCCCUGUCACUGGCUUGGUAUUCGAUGGUAAAAGCUUGCUAGACUUGGAGUUUCAGAGUUCUUCAACAGAGAUGGGAGCUCGAUGGCAUGGUUUUUCAGAUGUGGGAUCUGGAAUUCAGCAGUAUUACUGGUGUGUAGGAAAUACAAGUACUAUUGCCUCUAGGCAGGAACUCACUGAGUGUUCAAUACGAGCCUGGGAAGCUGUUGGUCUUCAUAUCUCAGUUUCCCAAAAUCUGUCAGAACCACUCAAACAAGGUAAAACCUAUUACAAUAAAGUAUAUGCCAAGGACAAUGUUGGCUAUAAAUCCACGGUAGUAGUGUCAGAUGGAGUGUCUAUAGAUACCACCCCUCCAGAGCCACAGUACAUGUUCCACACAGGUAUCAACCUCCUCUCAAAUCCCUCUUUUGAGACCUCCCCCGGAGUUGUGAUGGUGGACAAUGUGAACACGACAAAUAUCUGUAAUGAGACUCUGGACUAUCACCCUGCUAACUGGACCCUUUCUUCACCUGGUUGUGCAGCAGUUGUAACCUCCAACAAAAAUCUGGCCAGGGAUAAAAGGUCAUUUCUGUUUAUUAGAGGGAGUGUCACACAGCUGCUGAGUGGAUUAGUGGUCGGAGCUCUCUAUAGACUGAACUUUUUUACAAGUCAUCUGUUAAUUAGCAGUUCCACUCAGUCAAAUAAGGAGGGGUUUGCCAAGUUAGGGGACAAGAAGCAUGUUUUCUUUAUCUACACUAAAGCUUAUAGAGGGGAUGAACAUGGUAAAGCUGAAUCAAGAGACAUUAUUUCAUGGCACAGACACACGUUCUACUUCACUGCACAGAAAGAUUCAACUAAUCUGACAGUAGGGAGUGUGGAUGAGAAAACUGGGAUAUUUAUUGAUCACUUGACACUGGAACACGUGGAAAAGAAAAAGAACAGAACAGAUGGUACUGAUGUCCAAGCUCAUGUGGUUUACCUUCAUGAAUGGGGCUCAGUUCAUGGCUUUUGGAACUUUGUGGAGGAUGUCAGUCCUAUUACUGAAUACAUGUGGGCUAUAGGGUAUACACAAGGGGGAACUCAGCUACAAGGGUUUGAGAGUGUGGGCCUGAGUAAUUUUGCCUACAAUUCAACAGUGACCUUGGUCCACAAUUCUUACAUCUAUGUGACAGCACUAGCCAUUAAUGCAGUUGGUUUACAGGGAAUAGCUUACUCAGAAAAAAUUCUUGUGGAUCUUACUCCACCUGAUAUUGUUGGGGUCUACGAUGGAAGGCUCAGAAAGGAGGACCAGAGAGCCUGGACUGAUGCCGAGGUGGCAGUUAACUGGGAUGCUAGCGACCCAGAGUCAGGAAUAGCUUACUGUGAAUGGGCCAUUGGUACCCAACCCCAGGGAGUGGAGUUGCAGGUCUUUGAAAAAGUUCCUAGUGGUGUGACGUCAGCCUUCAGAGAUUUUGAUUAUAGCGUGUUACAGGGAAAAACUAUCUACACAAGUCUACGCUGUGAAAAUAAUGCUGGUCUUCUCAGCUCCAAAUCUUCUAAUGGAGUGAAGAUAUCAAACCAGCCUCCAUCUGUGACUAGUGCUGUAGUGGAACCAGUCCCCCAGUCUGUUACAGAAUACAAGGCCAGGGCCAACUAUCAGAGUGUCACAGAUAACAUCAGACUUAGAUGGUCUGGAUUCAGUGAUCAUAUUGGUGUUGAACAGUACAAGAUAUCAAUCCAAGAAAACAACUUCAAUUUGGUGGAGAAGAUGCCAUUCCCAGAAGGACAGAAUAUUUUGUCUACUAGUGUGAACAAUUUGACCUUGACCUCAGGUUAUAUAAACAUCACGACCCAGGCUGUCAGUGAACUGCUCCUCACCAGUGACAAGGUCAAGUCAGACAUCACAGUAUUUACUGACAAACCUGUCAAACAUGCAACAAGCCAGAUGACAGUCACUUGGCAUGCGGGGAAUAAACAGUUUACAGUAUCCUGGGAUGGAGUCUUCAGCUCUCCCCACUCUCUGUCUUACGAGGUAUCAGCUGGGAAGGUGAUUGGUGGAGGAGAGAUCAUCCAAUGGCAGGAGACAACACAGACUAGCAUAACAUUUGGCCUACCUCCGGCUAUCACCAGCUGGUCUCGUCUGAAGGUGUACGUCAUGGUCAGGGCUGUAGCAGCAGGAGGAGAGUACGAGGACACAAUGGGGGUUAUAACAUUACCUCCAUAAUGUCAUCAGCGGGAAAAACAAUAUCACUACAAGUGCUUACUUAUCAACAGUUGUUAUUAUACACAUCUGCAUGCACAGUCAUAAAAAUGAGAAUUUGCACUGAAAAAAACUUCUGUUAGCAAUAGGGAAAAAUUCUGAGAUCAUAAAAUAUUUUGGAAUACUGUGAAGCCUUACUUAAAAGAUGAAUACUAGUGUUGUUAAAGAUAGCUUGGGGUGGAUAUUUAAAAUUUUGUAGGAAUAUUUGCAUGAUCAUCUGCUUUUAUCUUCACUUUCAAAUGGGUAUUUUAAGGAUGAAUUUUACUUUUUAAAAUUUCUUGCUCAAAUCGUUUUCAUUUAUGUUGUUUGAUGAUCUUUUCUCUUUGUUUUACUGUGGAAAUUGUUUACUAUCACUGAAUCAAAUAUAAU